GGGCGCUGAGCGCCGCCGCCCCCGCCCGCUCGUGCCGGUCCCCGAGCUCAGUCCCCGGCCAUCCCCGCGCCCCAGGCCCGCGGGAGGAUGCGGCGGCGCUCGCGCGUGCUGCUGUGCUUCGCACUGCUCUGGGUGCUGGGCAUCGCCUACUACAUGUACUCGGGGGGCGGCUCCGUGUUGGCCGCGGGCGGCGGCAGGAAGGAGGACUGGAAUGAAAUUGACUCUAUUAAAAAGAAAGACCUUCACCACAGCAAUGGAGAUGAGAAAGCACAGAGCGUGGAGACCCUCCCUCCAGGGAAGGUACGGUGGCCAGACUUUAACCAAGAAGCCUAUGUUGGGGGCACAGUGGUUCGCUCUGGGCAGGACCCCUAUGCCCGCAACAAGUUCAACCAGGUGGAGAGCGAUAAGCUGCGCAUGGACAGAGCCAUCCCUGACACCCGGCAUGACCAGUGUCAGAGGAAGCAGUGGAGGGUGGACUUGCCGGCCACCAGUGUGGUAAUCACAUUCCACAACGAAGCCAGGUCAGCCUUGCUGAGAACAGUGGUCAGUGUGCUGAAGAGAAGUCCACCCCAUCUCAUAAAGGAGAUCAUCCUGGUGGAUGACUACAGCAAUGAUCCUGAGGACGGGGCCCUCUUGGGGAAAAUAGAGAAGGUUCGGGUCCUAAGGAAUGAUCGCCGAGAAGGCCUGAUGCGCUCCCGGGUCCGGGGUGCUGAUGCCGCCCAGGCCAAGGUCCUGACCUUCCUGGACAGCCACUGUGAGUGUAAUGAGCACUGGCUGGAGCCACUGCUGGAGCGGGUUGCUGAGGACAGGACUCGAGUGGUGUCGCCUAUCAUCGACGUCAUCAACAUGGACAACUUUCAGUACGUGGGGGCCUCUGCUGACCUGAAGGGCGGGUUUGACUGGAACCUCGUGUUCAAAUGGGAUUACAUGACACCAGAGCAGAGGAGGUCACGGCAAGGGAACCCGGUAGCCCCCAUCAAAACCCCCAUGAUUGCUGGUGGGCUGUUCGUGAUGGACAAGCUCUACUUUGAAGAGCUGGGGAAGUACGACAUGAUGAUGGAUGUGUGGGGAGGAGAGAACCUGGAGAUCUCCUUCCGAGUGUGGCAGUGUGGUGGCAGCCUGGAGAUCAUCCCAUGUAGCCGUGUGGGACAUGUAUUCCGGAAGCAGCACCCCUACACCUUCCCAGGUGGCAGCGGCACUGUCUUUGCCCGCAACACCCGCCGGGCAGCAGAGGUCUGGAUGGAUGAAUAUAAGAACUUCUAUUAUGCAGCAGUGCCUUCCGCUAGAAAUGUUCCAUAUGGGAACAUUCAGAGCAGACUGGAGCUCAGGAAGCGGCUUGGCUGCCAGCCCUUCCAGUGGUACCUGGAGAAUGUCUACCCGGAGUUGAGGGUUCCUGACCAUCAAGACAUAGCUUUUGGGGCCUUGCAGCAAGGAACCAACUGCCUUGAUACAUUGGGACACUUUGCUGAUGGUGUUGUUGGAAUUUACGAGUGUCACAAUGCUGGGGGAAACCAGGAGUGGGCCUUGACGAAGGAGAAGUCAGUGAAGCACAUGGACUUGUGCCUUACAGUGGUGGACCGGGCACCUGGUGCCCUUGUCAAGCUGCAGGGCUGCCGGGAGAACGACAGCAGACAGAAGUGGGAGCAGAUCGAGAGCAACUCCAAGCUGCGGCACGUGGGCAGCAACCUGUGCCUGGACAGCCGGACGGCCAAGAGCGGGGGCCUGAGCGUGGAGGUUUGCAGCCCGGCCCUCUCGCAACAGUGGAAGUUCUCGCUCAACCUGCAGCAGUAGCAGACCAGAGCCCGCGUCUGCUGCUGAAGCACUGGCCAAGCUGGUGAUCACAUUAUCGAUUAUGUUUCUUAAACUUUCCGUGAAACUAUAUACCUCAGUAUUCCAUCAUGGUCUGAAGCCGGAGAGCUCCAGCAAGGCGCAGCUGUGUUGACAGACGCAGCGGUGGCAGGGGGCCAGCCCCUCUGCGGGGGCCCAGCUGGCCCCUCCCAUGGCCACCCUCCUCCUCCUCCUCCUCCUCUCGCUCAGUAGCCAGGAGCCACCUGGCUGAGGCACAGAGUGGAGAAGCAGCUCUGUGUGCACAGUGGCAGAGGGAGGAGGGUGCGCGGCGGCCUCGCAGCAGGAACUCUCAAAAUGAUCAUUUUGAUCCCAUCAGAAUCACAUGUGGGCCCCACAGCAUGGCUCACGUCAUUGCAGGUUCCCUGUCACCCUUCCCUGCGCCUCCAGGCCUGGCGCCCUUCUCCCACUGAUGUGCUUGCUGUAUUUGAACGUGACUUUUCUAUGGUGGGACGCUAAAUAUAAAUAUAUAUAAAAAGAGAAUGUACGGUCAGCUCCCCACGGUCUCUCUAGGUCUCUUCUCACAGGCUCCUCACAGCGCAGCGCAUGGCAGGGUGGAGGGGCCGCUUCUCCCUUGUCCCUGGAGCCUCAUAGCCAGGAGACGCUACUGCGGCCAGCAGGGGCUUCCCAGAACCCUGGCCCUGGCCCACGGGCAUCUCUGUGUGGCCUCCACGUGGGAGUCGCUGCUGUGUGUUAGAAAAUCCAUUCUCUUGGUACUCAUAAGGCCAGAUAGGUUACUUACUUUUAGAAGUAUUGCUUUAGAGUUGUUUUUUUUUUAAUUUUUUUUUUUUUCUUUAGAGGAAAAAACCCCAUCCCCACAGCUCCUAAUGUGAGCUGGCACUGCCCUGUGACGGGGCAGACCAAUGACCCUACACAGUUGUCGCAUGCUAACGCUGGGCUCGUGGGAGAAUGAGACCUUAUACGCAGGCCUUUGGAACUGACUCCUGCGAGUAGAGUGCUGGCCGUGAACCCCAGACCUGCUGAUGGCCUGGCUCCCAGCCUGUGUGGUCGGUGUCCUUUGCCCAGCACCCCUAAUGUGGCUGCUUGGAGGCUUUGGGUAGAGUUGGGAAGAGUCAGAGCCACACAGUCCCGUGCCCAUACAGUGAGACAGCAGCCUGCAUCCUGUGUGAAUCACAGGCACAGAGGGACUGGCUGCAGCAAUGGCAGGAGAUGCCCGGGCACCAGCCUCGUGCACAGGAAUGUCCCCACAGAGCUCCCUGGACUUUUUGGUGUCCCUGUCACGGCACGGCCCCGGCCCCAUCAAUCUCACGUGGAGAUGUCCAGUCUCAGGCUGCUUGGGCUCAAGGUGCCUGUGCAGGCUGUGGGGGCCGUGAAGAUACAUGGUGGCCAGGAGUCGCUGAUGCGCGCUCUUCCUGCUGGUCUCCCUCCACUGCCAGCUCACAUGUGAACAGCUGACCACGGGCCCUCAGUGGAGACCUGGCCAGGUGGCCGCCCUAUGUCUCAUUUGCUACCCCUGCCAAGCAGCCAUACACGUCUUAGAGACAGGUGACCAUAUGCCAGGUUAACGCCACACACUGCCGUCUUCCAAGGUGGCUCCAAGGGAAAUUGCUCAUGGGCACAGGUGGAGGCUCAGAGCCACAGAGCAGGGGAGGGUGGAGUCUGUUGCUCACGCCAGCACUUGGUGGCACCCCAUCGCCUUUGAGCUGCUUUGUCAGACAAAACCCACAGGAGGCAGACAGGACUGGUUCCUGCAGGAGCUUGUUGAGGGGAUCUGGGCCCGUAGCUCUCACCUGUGCACCUGCUGUGUUGUCCGGCCACCUGGGGGCAUCAUGUGGGUGGCUUCCAGCCCAGGCCUCUGGGCCAGUCCUCAAGGUGAGCCCCGUUUACAGGACACAGCAUGCCAAAGUGACUUACUGUGCUCAUGUUAUUUUGUAGUCCUCGGGACUGUCCCACCAUCCCACUCCUGUUUUUAAAACAAACUUCCCAAGAGCUGUCCGCGCACAGCAGGCAGAGACAGUUGUCUUCUCUGUGGUCCUUGUCUCUCCUUAAAAGCUGAAAUGAUGGUAUCUGUGGGUGUGUUUUGCAAAUUUAAAAUAUAGUUUGGUAAUUUUUUUCCAGUUGAUUUUUAAAAAGAACUGCUGUACAGAGCUUGUACUUUGUCCAUUUUAUAGAUGGAAACCAUCCUUGAAAUUGUUUAACUUAAAUAAAGAAAAGAUGCUUUAUAGAUA